GAGGUAAAGCUAGUUGUUGGCGUCGACAAUGAAGUCAAAUCUCUUAGGAGCAAUCUUGAAGCUAUUGAAGCUGUGCUUGUUGAUGCGGAGGAAAGACAAGUGAAGGAGAAAACUGUAAGACUUUGGUUAGAUCGGCUCAAACACGCAUCUUACGACAUUGAAGAUGUGUUGGAUGAGUGGAACUAUGCCACUUUGAAACAGCAAAUUGAGGGACCUAAACAUGCUGCUGUUCUUAAGAAGGAGUGUAUUAGUAUAUCUAUUGCUGAAAAGGAAUUUUUGCUUAUCUUGGAUGAUGUGUGGUCAGAUGACUACAAAACAUGGGCACCAUUCUAUCAGAAUGGUCUCCAUGGAAGUAAAAUUUUGAUUACUACAUGA